CUGCAUUCAGUUUCUGAGCACACACUUUUUUCUAACCUAAAAGAACAGAAAUUAGAAGGUUUGUCGGUUUUUACGCACAGCACCAGAGCUUCUAGUGACUUGCGUUUACUUUGUCAGUAAACGGUUCUGUUAUAAUAUCAACUAGUUUGGCUGUUUUCUGGCGGACUUAUCAGCAUAAUGUGGGGCUUCCAGAGGACGCGGUAUGCAGACUGCAACGGUUCUGAGGCCAGUGAAGAGACUGAGAUUGUGGUGAAUAUCGGCGGAGUGAAACAGGUGUUGUAUGGAGACGUGCUGACUCGCUUCCCGGAGACUCGACUGGCAGAGCUGGUGGACAGUUCACUCAAAUCUUCUGAAGAAAUCUCAUUAAUAUGUGACGAUUACGACCCAGACACGGGAGAAUUUUACUUUGACAGAGACCCCGAAGCUUUUAAGUGCAUAAUUGAGUUGUAUUAUUAUGGGGAGAUACACAUGAAACGAGGCAUAUGUCCAAUUUGCUUCAUGAAGGAAAUGGAGUUCUGGAAAAUUGGCUCGGAUUUUCUGGAUGAAUGUUGCAAAAGCCACCUGAAAGAGGUAGAGGAUGAACUUGCAGAGAUAGCCGAGAAAGUGAGAACUAUCCUGGUCGACAGAGAAGGCGAUCCGUCUGCAGGGGGCUGGCAGCGCUUCCAAAUAUGCCUCUGGAGGUUGAUGGAAAAGCCAGAAUCGUCCCUGCCUGCCCACAUAAUCGCUAUAGUUUCUUUCAUCUUCAUCCUCAUCUCCUCCGUGGUGAUGUGUGUCGGCACCAUCCCCGACCUGCAGGUGGAGGACUCGGAGGGUAAACUCACAGAGCAUCCGGUCCUGGAGGUCAUCGAGACCGUGUGCAUUGGCUGGUUUACUAUUGAAUACCUCCUGCGUCUGAUCUCUUCCCCAAAUAAAAUAAAAUUCGUACUGUCCUUCAUGAACAUAAUCGACUUCAUGGCGAUUAUGCCCUUUUAUGUGGUGCUGAUUCUGACCUCCUUCGGCGCGGGAGUGAUGGAGCUGGCUAAUGUGCAGCAAGCAGUGCAGGCUUUACGCAUAAUGCGCAUUGCGCGCAUUUUCAAGCUGGCACGCCAUUCCUCGGGACUCCAGACUCUGACAUCUGCCCUAAAGAGCAGCCUGAAGGAGCUCGGACUGCUCCUCAUGUACAUGGGCGUGGGGGUAUUCCUUUUCUCGGCUCUGGGCUACACUAUGGAGCAGAACCACCCGGACACCUUGUUCACCAGCAUCCCACAGUCUUUCUGGUGGGCUGUGAUCACCAUGACCACAGUGGGGUAUGGAGAUGUCUACCCUAAGACCACUUUAGGUCGGUGUAACGCGGCUAUCAGCUUUCUCUGUGGGGUCAUCGCCAUAGCCCUGCCUAUACAUCCCAUCAUCAACAAUUUUGUCUUGUUCUACAACAAGCAACAGGUGCUGGAGACUGCGGCCAAACAUGAGAUUGAACUGAUGGCACUGCGCACCGGCGGCGAGCUCAAGGCUGCAUCUGACUCCCAUAAACAUAUUUGCGGUGCAGGGGCCUGGGACAACGACAUGCGUUCCGGUCACAGCGACACAUUCAUUCCCUUACUGAAAGAUCCCAGGGGAGGGGCGGGCAUCCAGACCCCUAGCAUGGACACAAGCUUUGAAAGCACAGCCGAGGCCACUGAACAUUUUAUGUCAUGAAAGGGAAACCCCCUCCCAUUAAAAAGUCAUCAAAAGAAGAAACAACAUGAAAUUAAUUAUUCAGUUUUGAAUUAUUCAAACGUAACUUGACAAAUUUGGCAUAAUGACACCGCCGUGACUGCAGAAUGUAAAUAGUCUCGUGGACAGAAGAAGGCUUUAAUUAUUUCCAGGGACCUUUAAAUGCAUUUGAGGAUUUGCGCCUGUUAAACAGACAUAUGUGUGAGAUAUUGAAUUGAUGAGCUGUGCCUUUGCGCAGUGACUCCCUGUAGGCUGAGGGGUUCUGUUCAAACAGCCAAUACACCGAUUCCCCCAUGUAGACAUCUUAUAUAACACGCCCAUAGUCCUCACACUUAUACUGUAGACCGCAUUGUAGCGUAGUCCUCUGUACAGAAAUAUAUACAUCACAAUAAAUGCUUUUAGUAACGCAGACAGGCAGCUUUAGUCAAGAGCACAGAGAAAUGUAAUGACCCCAGGAUUGAUUUGUGAGAGUGUAUAGACAUCAAAACCGAGCUGAAGAAAAGCUGAAGGUGUUUGGAUACAGACCACAUGCCAUACAUUCAAAUGAGGUAGGUGACUGUAUCACUGCAGCGUGUUGCAACCAAAGGUGUAUGAUGGGGACACAAAGCAACAUAAGACUGGGGGUGGGUUUAUUUUUGCUGCUGCCUGUAAUCGUCAUGGCAUCAUUGUAAUUUUUUUUGUAACUGACACUAUAUGAUUGUGAGGUAAUGUAUCAAACAUAAAGCCCGUCUACUGUGCAGGAA